GUGGGGGGGGGGCGAGCGAGCGCGAGAGAGAGAGAGCGAGAGAGCGAGAAAGAAGCUUCUGGGUCGUCGCUGCCGCCUUGUCCCCUCUCUUUCUCUUUCACUCCCUCUCACACACUCCCUCUCUCCCGCUGCUCGGCGCCGGCCAUGGACAUGAAGCGGAGGAUCCACCUGGAGCUGAGGAACAGGACUCCCGCCGACGUUAAGGAGUUGGUUCUGGACAACUGCAGAUCAAAUGAUGGCAAAAUUGAGGGACUUUCUGCAGCGUUUGACGGGCUGGAGUUUCUCAGUAUGAUCAACGUAAUGCUGACCUCGGUAUCAAAUCUUCCCAAGUUGAAUAAGCUCAGAAAGCUUGAGCUAAGUGAUAACAGAAUAACUGGAGGCCUUGAAGUUCUAGCCGAAAGAACCCCAAGUCUCACGCACUUAAAUCUCAGUGGAAAUAAAAUCAAGGACAUCAACACUUUGGAGCCUUUGAAGAAACUUCCAAAUUUGAGGAGCCUUGACUUAUUUAAUUGUGAAGUGACCAAUCUGAACGACUAUAGAGACAGCAUGUUCAAGCUGCUGCCGCAGCUCACGUACCUGGACGGAUACGAUCAGGAUGAUCAGGAGGCACCAGAUUCCGAUGUGGAAGGAGAUGGUGACUGUCUCGACGACGAUGAUGAAAACGAGGAUGGUGAGGAAGAGGAUGAGGAGGAUGAAGAUGAGGAAGAGGGAGAGUUUGACGUCCUGGACGAGGAAGACGAUGAUGAACUUGAUGAAGAUGAGGAUGAUGAUGAUGAUGACAGUGCAGAGGAGGAUGAGGAUGAGGAUGAAGACGAAGAGGGCGAAGAUGGUGAAGAAGAUGGCAAAGAAAACGUCCAAGGCCAGAAACGGAAGCGAGCCCCAGAGGAUGACGGAGAGGAGGAAGACGAUAGUGACGAUGAUGAGUUAGGCCAGUAAAGAAAUGUAUAGACUGUGACUGUGGUUGACAUUUGCAUCAAGUGGCAUAUAUAUGAUACUGUAUCUGUAGCUAAGGUGAUUUUAAAAAGUGUUUCGCGUAUGAUUCCACUUUAAAAAGGGCAUUCGUUGCAUCUGAUGAUGACAUAACGACAGGUUGAAGACCCAGGAUAUUUAUUGAUUGGCACUGGAAAAGUUGCCUCACGUUAGUCAGGAGUUAUACAACAGUUACACUCAGGUCUGAUAAACCAAAGUUUUAUCAUUAAAACUUGUCAUUCUCUGCCCUACUUAGGUUUUUAUACCUCCCAUUGGAGCUUUCCUCACCUUGAGAGAAUGCGAUAUGUCUAUCCAGGUGAAGAAUAUUUCUACCAGUUGCAUAUUCCCUUUCCCCCCAAUCCAAUCCAUAGCAAUCCAAAGAACGGCAGUUUAGGUAACUGGCAGCUUGGGACUAAUGCCCUGAAUGAACCAUUGGUUUCGUAAAGGUGUUUAUCUGGUAUUCCGGUGCUGAUCACAAAGCAAUAGCCUCAGAUGAAUAGGCAAACUGAAGUCACCCAAAGUUUUCUUGAGGUAAGAAUUUAACAAAAAAAUCUGAUCACUAUUGCUGAGAGAAAUAGAUUUUAUACUAAACUUGUGCCUUAUUAUGUAGUUGGUCCAGUGGAAGUACUUUUGACAAAUGUAGUUGGAUUAUUCCAUCGUCGAUGUGCUCAGUCCGUAUGAAGAGGUGUAGCCUAAUGACAGCCUAUGCAACUGCGAUGUGUCAGGAAUGCCACCACCUUUGUUUUAAAUGAUGUUCUACCUCCAGCAUUGAAAACGUAAAUAUGUUGGCAUUUCCUCGACCGUACCAUACCAGGGAGAAAGUGUUUUAAGAAGCUGGCUUUUUUCAGAAACCAGAAUAUGCAAAAAAACCUCCUUCUGAAAAUUGUAAUUAAGGUGUAUUUUGCAGUUAGCAGACACAGCUGUCACUCAGUUGUGCCCACAGUUAUUUUGGUUCCAAUGAUUUUUUUAAUGCGGUAAUCUGAGCUGCUAAUACGUAGUUUCAGAGAUAGUUACUGGGAGUUCUUAUCAAUUCAGAUAAUUCUUAUUGUCUGGGUAAAACAUAAUGUUAAUGUACCUUUGAAGACUGGCUUUGUUGUCUUUGGGCAAGAAGGUCCGUAGUGAUUGUAAUUACUGUAUUUAAAACUGACAUUGCAAUCGGGUGACUUGCCAAUCCACAGACACUGAGCCUCGGUACAGUAAUUGAACAAUUUAGACAGCAGAUGGUUUGGGUGUUUCUCUCCCCCCCCCUUCCCCCAGUGUCCUUGUUUUUUAAGCUGGGCCUUGUUUUGGCUGAAAGAUAUUAUCAGCAACACGACCCUUUGCUAUGCAAGAUGCUGAAAAUGCUUCACCAAAACACUCGGUUUUUUUAAUAACUAUUUGGUUCAACGUUAAGGAGGAAUUGGUUGCAACAGUGUCGCCAGCUAUUGGAUGGGAAUCUGAUACAUGUAUACCUGAUUUUCGGGAAGUGGUGUCUGACAUUCAGUUUUUAAUCACAAAUGCAAGACAUUAUUUUACAAGAAGAAGUAAAUGGCUAUCAAAUAUUUGUAUAAAACUCGGUCAACAGUCUUUAUGUAUUAUAAUGGUAUAUUGAAAAAUCAGUUCUAGAUACCCAUUGAAAAAUGGAUAUUUAUAAACUCUGGGACUUUUUUUUAAAACAACCGUAAAUGUUGAAAUUAGAAACUAGUUAAUUUUGUUAAGUUUUGUAUUUUAGAAUGGUGUGAAUUUUUUAGAGGGAAAUGAUUUUGACUAUAAAUUCAGUGUAGUAAUUUCACAAAUGAAUCCAUUGCCCAAAACUUUUUGAAAUGUUGCUGUUCAGGUUAUUUCUGCACAAAAACUAGCUUUGGAAGACCUAUUUCAUGUUAUUGUAUCUAGUUUUGUUAUGAAUUUUCAAAAUAAACGGGUUUUUAAUAAGAAA